AUAAAUCUUGACUUUCGAUGAGUACCUCUCUUGCAAAGCCAAAAAAACUCAAGUUGACAGAUUAUGAAGUAUUUCAAACUCUUGGCACAGGUUCCUUUGGGCGAGUCAAAUUGGCAAGGAACAAAUAAACAAAUAAAUAUGUUGCAUUAAAAAGUUUAAAGAAAGCUGAAAUCAUACGUUUAAAGCAAGUUGAUCACGUCAUUAAUGAGAAUACCAUUUUGGGCAACUUGCAGCAUCCUUUUAUCGUCAAUUUUGAAGGAUUUUGCCAAGAUCCAAGAUACAUAUAUUUGGUAUUAGAAUUUGUUUCUGGAGGAGAAUUAUUUACUUAUUUGAGAAGCAUUGGAAGACUUGAUACAUAGCAUGCAGGUUUCUAUGCUUCUUAAGUUGCUUCAAUUUUUGAAUACCUCCACUCAAAAAAUAUUAUAUAUAGAGAUUUAAAACCAGAAAAUUUAUUAAUAGCAGAUGAUGGAUAUUUAAAACUGACAGAUUUUGGAUUUGCAAAAGUGGUUGAAGGAAGAACAUACACUCUUUGUGGAACACCAGAGUAUUUGGCACCGGAGAUUUUAUUGAAUAAAGGACAUGGUAAAGCGGUUGAUUGGUGGACAUUGGGAAUUUUGAUAUAUGAAAUGAAUGCAGGAAUUGAUCCCUUUUCUGAUGAAGAUCCUAUGGCUAUUUACCAAAAAAUUCUUAAAGGAAAGGUUAAAUUUCCUAAGUCUUUUGAUAAAAAUGCUAAAUCAUUAGUCAAACAUUUAUUAGUUGCAGAUCUAUCUAAAAGAUAUGGAAAUUUAAAGAAUGGGGCUGCUGAUGUAAAAAAUCAUAGAUGGUUUGGAAAUCUAGACUGGAAUUUGCUCACAUAAAAGAAAUUGCCUGUUCCUUAUAAACCUGUUGUUAAAGCUCCCAAUGACACUUCAAAUUUCUCAUCAUACCCAGAAUCAGAUACUUAAAGUCCAGCCCUUAAACCUGCAGAUGAUCCUUUCCUUGAAUGGUGAUAUAUUCAUUAUAUUGAAUAAAUAUAUAA